AUGCCUGUGAACUGCGAUUUCUCCAAAUUUCCCAAAGCUCUUGCCUGCCAAUUAACCCAAUUCCAACAAGGGAUGCCGGAAUUGCGUAGAUUUGCACCUAAUGUUCCAAUUGUUCUUGUUGGUACGAAGUUAGACCGGGGUUAUGUAGCUGAUCACAUGGGAUCUAAUGUCAUAACAUCUGCUGAGGGGGAAGAAAUGAGGAAACAAAUUGGUGCAGCUGCUUACAUUGAGUGCAGUUCAAAGAAUCAACAGAAUGUCAAAGCAGUGUUUGACACUGCAAUUAAGGUUGUUCUGGAACCUCCAAGGAGGAAACAAAUGGCAUGGAAGAAAAGUCAUAGAAGGUCUGGUUGCUCAUUUGUGUAA